AUGAUCGCAAAUCGACUGUGUAAAGCACUGCAAAAGUUCAAAGAGCUCAAAGUUAUCAAAACGGAUGUAAAACCACGCUCACUAAGCUGUGCAAAUACAUACGGCAAAGUCGGCAACACCAAAUCUGUUGUGCUCAGGUCACCACGAGCAAUCCAGCGCGUUAAGUUUCAGUCUCAAGGUGCCGGGCUAGUACGCACGCUGAAUGGCGAUCCAUUAAAAUUCAGUUACGCGUGCAAUUCACUUGUUUCGAGAAGUCAAGGAGCAUCCACAACGCUCUGGGAUGGAGGAGAUUGGUCUCUAUUCGCAAAAAUGUUUAGCUGUUGGCGGAUUGCGUGGACAAGCGCGAUUUCUGGCGACAUUACGGCCACUGCCGGUAAAAUUUUCAGUCGUCUCUGCAUUUCUUUGUGUGACGGUUAA